AGUAGUGCCAUGUAACGAGUACCAUUGCAGGCAGGGUUUAACGUUACAAUCUAAAAAUUACAUUUAUUUCAGGGGAGUUCGCAUGGUUCCGAAACGCCGUCGCAUCUGUUUGUGCGCAUCUGCCCGCGGCGCGCGUCGAGGGCACGGACUCAGCGGAGUGAUACAAGGCAGGGAGCUCCCCAGUUGUCAAACCGAGGGACUGAACCUGAGCGAAGAUGUCGCGUAGUCAGGGAAAAUGUGCUGAAAUUGACACAAAUUACAUUUUCCAUUUGUCGUUAUGACAUGACGUGACAGUUAGCCUUAAUAAAAACUUACUGUUUUGUCGCUUCUGUGAAGUUGCAUCUGAAAAAGUAUUUUUCCUUUUUCGUCUCCCGGUCGAAAAAAGCGAUGGAUAUUACUCUCUUACCAUAGUGCCUGAGCCGUCUGUGAGCUGUCUCAACGUGACAGCAUGUGAUUCACCUGAGUGCAGCAGCACCCCCAGCAGGUGACAGGAUGCCAGUGCAGGCUGCCCAGUGGACGGAGUUCUUAUCCUGCCCCAUCUGCUACAAUGAGUUUGACGGGAGCGGCCACAAGCCCAUCAGCCUGGGCUGCUCCCACACUGUGUGCAAGACCUGCCUCCACAAGCUGCACCGCAAGGCCUGCCCCUUUGACCAGACUGCCAUCAGCACCGACAUCGACCUCCUGCCCGUCAACUGCGCCCUCCUGCAGCUCGUCGGAGCCCAGGUGACAGACCAGGCGGUGACCCUGAACAGCGUGGUGGAAAGCAAACACUAUGAAGUGUCCAAGAAGUGCGUGGAGGAGCUGGCACUUUACCUCAAGCCUGUCAGUGGAGGGAAAGGUGUGGCUACUGUCAGCCAGAGUGUGCUCAGCCGGCCCAUGCAGCGGAAGCUGGUGACCCUGGUGAACUGCCAGCUGGUGGAGGAGGAGGGCCGAGUGCGGGCUAUGCGAGCGGGCCGGUCCCUGGGAGAACGCACUGUCACUGAGCUCAUCUUGCAGCACCAGAACCCCCAGCAGCUGUCAGCCAACCUGUGGGCCGCCGUACGGGCACGGGGCUGCCAGUUCCUGGGGCCUGCCAUGCAGGAGGAUGCCCUAAAGCUGGUGCUGCUGGCCCUGGAGGAUGGCUCGGCUCUUUCCAGGAAGGUGCUGGUGCUUUUCGUGGUGCAGAAGCUGGAGGCGCGCUUCCCCCAGGCAUCCAAGACCAGCAUUGGCCACGUGGUUCAGCUGCUUUACCGGGCAUCCUGCUUCAAGGUGACAAAGCGAGAUGAGGACUCCUCACUCAUGCAGCUGAAGGAAGAGUUCCGCACGUAUGAGGCGCUGCGGCGUGAGCAUGAUGCCCAGAUUGUCCACAUCGCCAUGGAGGCAGGGCUGCGCAUCUCGCCCGAGCAGUGGUCCUCGCUGUUGUACGGUGACCUCGUGCACAAGUCCCACAUGCAGUCUAUCAUCGACAAGCUGCAAUCCCCAGAAUCCUUUGCAAAGAGCGUCCAGGAGCUGACCAUUGUUCUGCAGAGGACAGGAGACCCAGCCAACCUGAACAGUCUGAGACCUCACUUGGAGCUCCUGGCCAGUAUUGAUCACAAUCCAGAUGCUGUCUCCCCCUCAUGGGAACAGCUGGAGCAGGUGAUGUUGGCGGUGAAGGUUGUGGUCCAUAGUCUGGUUGAUUUCAUCCAGAAUUUCAGCAAAAAGAGUCACGAGGCUCCACAGCCACAGCCCAACAGCAAGUAUAAGACCAGUAUGUGCAGAGACCUCCGACAGCAAGGAGGUUGCCCGCGUGGGGCUAACUGUACCUUUGCCCACUCCCAGGAUGAGCUGGAGAAGUUCAGGAUGAGGAAUAAGAAGAUCAGUGGUGCUGUGAGACCAUUCCCUUUGUCCCAGCCUGCCCUGGGGAAAGGUGUGACCAAUGCAGGGAGUACUCCUGCCAGUGGUGUGUCCCCAGGGGGUCCUGAAGGCAUGGAGAAGGGGGCGUCUACAACAGAAAGCUCCACUACACUGCAGCUCAUCCCCCGGGGGGGCGAGACUCUGGAUAAAUUGAAGAGGGCAGUCCGAAAUGGAUCCAACGGAGUGACCAGUCCAGGCCACCCAUCCGCCAGUCCCAGUGAGCAGAAGACCACCUCUCCCCCAUUGACACCCGUCAAUCACAUCUCAGCUACCUCACCUCACGUCACUGGUGCUGGAGUAGAAAGUGGCUCCACGUACCCCAAACCUGGGCAAUUUGUCCCAAGGGGGGCCUUGUUCCCACCCCAGCAAUCUGACAUUUACUACCAGGAAUCACAGGCACCGUACGACACCCCACCCUACCCACCAGCCAGUAAUUACUAUGCCUCCCCAGUGCCCCCGCCCAAACAGUGUGCUGCGCGCUUCUUCCGUUCUGGCAACGUACCUGAGUCUACACUGCCCCACACCAUGACCUCAUACCCUGAGCAGCACCCCUCCUUCCCGUUGCGGGAGCGCCUGGGCCCCACCCCCUACCCCCCACCCGUGCAGUACAGCCACCUGAGCCAUGCCCAUGGUGUCUACGCUCCCGUUUAUGACAGCCGCCGCCUGUGGCGCCCAACCAUGUACCACCGGGAGGAUGCGCGGAGCAACUCACUGCCCCCCGAGGUCCUGCACUCCUCUGUCUACCAGCCCCCGCUAAGGGAGCGCUACAACUCCCUGGACGGAUCCUGCUGUACAGCAGGGGAGCAAAGAGCAGCGUUACAGAGGGACGCCUACAGCCGUAUGCACCUUGGGUAUGAUGACCUUUUGCGACGGAAACCCGAACAGUGGGCCCAGCACCACGGCAACAGGCCCUCCCCCUCCUCCCCUCUCUUCACUGUUGACUUCAGUUCAGAGCUCUCUGAGGGAGCAGGUGGAGACUGCAUGGGGUGUAAGUACCGCAUGGAGGAGAAUCUAGCCCACUACUCCCCAUGGUCCUGUGGCACCAUCAGCGCCUGCAUAAGCACCUCCGAGUCAGAGCCCCACGUGGUGCCAAGCUCCGCCUCUGAGCUGACCGAUCUGGAGGGCGGGGGUCUGAAACGGCAGCUGCACAGCUUUGAGCCCCACCGCCGGCCGAAAGAGGAGGACCCCAUCAUUCCUUUUGGAGAGGGCCCCAUCAUCUCCAAGUGGGGGGCCAUCUCACGGGCGUCCCGCACGGGCUACCACACCACCGACCCGGUGCAGGCCACUGCCUCCCAGGGGAGUGCCACCACCACUCCCAUCAACUUCAGAGACUAUGGUCCAUACAAUCACAGUGACUACAGGUGGAGUUCACACGGGUCCGAGGCCUCCAGCCAUUCCAGUUUCCUUGAGAGUGACCAGCUGGCAGUCUCUGAGCUGAGCACCCGACGCAAGUCUUCCAGCAGCACUGAACCCCGGAGCGCAGACCUGCUGCAGGCUGAUUACUGUAAAGACACCACGGACGGAGAGCCAGACAGAGACAUAGAGCUGGAGCUGUCGGCCCUUGACAUGGAGGACGCUAGCUCGCAGGACGACAAGGCUGAGGAGUCUCUGGAGCUGAGGAUGCAUUCCCACAGCCCUCAUCUCACCAACGGCGCAGUGACCGGGAAUGGCCACCAGAGGAACCAGCCGAACAAGCUCUCACCCGAAAAGAUGGGAUCCCACCUGCUGAAGAAGAUGGCCUUUAGGAAGUCCAUGUCCCCCAGUGGGUUUGGCACAGUCAGCCUCGGUGUCAGCAAGCUGGUGAUGAAGACAGGGCCCCAGAGGGUGGGGGAUGUGCCGCACCCCAGCGGAGGGGCAGAGAUGCUGCUCAACAGCUGAGGGAGCAGGAGCACCCACGAACCCCCCUGCAGCAGUGCAGGCCCGAGCCUGCCACACCAACAUGCCCCAACACAUCACUCCAAGGCCAUCUCAACCGGACUCUUUAGAUUGCAGGUAGUGCUGCUUCUUCAAACAGCAAGGGCAUUGAAGUGUUCCCUUCUCCACCUGGGCCUUUUGGUUCUACAAAAAAGCCAACUUCUCCAUGUCCACAUGUUCGCUUUCCAACGCCUGAGGAAUUUUCGGUGUUUGUAUCAAAUGGAGUGAUGUGAGCAGUGCUAUGAGAGCUUUGCUGUUCAUCGAUGCUUAUUAUGAUGAGCAGGAUUACUUGAUCUUUAAACUAGCAGGGCCCCGCAAUAGUGUAACUUGUGAGUCUAGCUUUAAUUUUUCUCUGAUUACUGUCGACUUGUUUGAGAAGAUGAUGCUGUCUGCUGCCCACAGCAGUCAAACUGCGCAGUGGCAUGUUUCAGGUGUGUUUUCCUUGGUGUAACAGGGGAUACUGCUGUACUCCAGAGAAAAUGUUUGGGGCACAACUCUUACACUCAUUGAGCAACACAUCACACAAAUCUACAUCGGACAGUACAAGCCAAUGCUGCAUCAUCCUACACCCCCACCCAAAAACACUGCAUAAAUUCUUUUUCAUUAUAAUUUUGUCAGUGUUGCAUUCAAUUGACUGUGUAACAUACUUGUUGAUAGGAAACUCUUGAAUUAAAUGCACCUGAUAAAUGAACAAGCAAAUUCUUUCUAGAGUAUGAUAUUGCUUAAAAUUGCACAUUUUCUUAAUGGUCUGAAAUUGCUUAAUGAGCGAAGUCUGUUUGUCUACACAUUGCCAUGCAAAACUCAUAAAAUACCCAAGGUGCUCAGUACUGGCAGCCAAAAGGAGAAUAUCCUUUCCAGCUGUAGCUACUGUACUUGAUUACUCUGUAUUACCUUAUUAAACAUAGGAAUGCUAUUUGCACGAUGUUUUUCUUUAAAUUAUAUGAUGUUGAUGUUCACCCUCGGAAAUAUUGUGCUAAUUGAUUAACAUUAAUUGGUAUUCAUAGGCCACACACUUAAGUGUGUAGUAGGGGCAGAGUUAUUGUCUUAUCAAAGUAGGCAAAAUGAGAAGAAUUUAAUAUUCCAUAAACAUCACUAAUACCAAAAAGGUUUUUCUUCAUCUUGAUUUAUUGUACUUCAUGCUUGGGUUUGCUGCUCAAUGGUCCAGCUAAUCACCCUCCUCACUUAAUCACAGUGUCAAUAUUAUAACUCCAACAGAGUGGACAUUCUGUCAAAUCUCAUCGGAAUUUGGAGGGUUACCAAGGGAAUGGUUCAGAUGCCACACAGUGUGACGCUUGGCACUAACUGUCACAUAGCGCAUGCCCUGCUGUGUCCUGUAGUAAACAGCUGUAUCCUUUAGUAAACGUUCCACCAGUCCAUAGAUUUAAAAUCUCAUGUUCAUGAGUGAUGCAGAUUUACCAUAGGAAUCGCCUACAAAACAAUGCAUGCGUAACAGACAUGUACAAGAUCAAACCACGUGGCUUCUUCUGACUCACCUUAUCAUUUAAAUUAAUGUGCUAAACGAGAUGUCCUUACUGGAAGACUUAUUUAGUGUAUGCAUUGAGUUACUCUGAUUUGUGAUGUCUGACAUUUUCCAUGUGUUGGAAAGUGACAGAUAGUGUUUGCAGGCAUUGUGGACAUAGGCGCUCUUCAUUUGUUUCCACAGGGGUUGACUUAACAGAAACCAAUACAGCAUCAAGCAUGUCUUCUUGUCUUGCGUUGUCAGUCUGUUUCUGUUCAUAUCUGUUCUGACAUUUUUUUACAACAUGCUAACUUCUGUGAAGUUGUGUGUCAAAAUAUUUUAUAUCAGGAUCUUUUUUUCUAAUCAUUUUUGAAAAGGUAACUCAUCUGUCACUGUUGUGUGUGCAUUUUUUUGCACGGGUUUUCCGGCUAGUCGACUGACACAGUCCAUCACAUGGAAACCAUAGCGAUGAUCAGACCAAUCACACAUUGACCAGAGGGGUCGGUGUUAUUUUACUGCAGUUUUUGUGCAUAUGGUUUGGUGGCAGUCUUCUUCUGAGGCGGCUAAAGAAGAGCACUGGUCAAAAAUUACAGUUUGGUAUGUUUAUGGUAUAUGUACCUAAAGGAAACUUACAAAAGCACAUCAAAGACAGUGAAACCAGUGAAAACAAUACAUUUUCUGUACUUUUGGCACAAUCACAGAGCCAUCCAUGGAAACAGCAGAGGUUUGUGUUUCAUUCUGAAAAAACUGGUAUUGACCCAUGUACUUGAGGUGCAGAUCCAAGUGGUGGGGUGGUAUAUAUCAUAAAACACCAAAUUCACAUUUUGACCAGUGUUGUGCUUUAAGAGUACUAUGUGCUGUGUGUGACAGCGCCAUGGGAAACUUGUGUAUAAAGUAAGCAUUGUAUUGUGUAAGAAGGUACAGGGCAAACUGGCUCUAACUUGACCAAUCCUCUCUCCAAGCUCCAGCCACUGCUGUCAGCAGUGGACAGACUGACAGCAACUGUGUCUUGCUUUACUGAGAGGCAUGAUGUUACCUUUUCAUGCUGUGCAGUUUCUGUGCCAGUCCACACAUCUAUGUGUACCAUUAUCCAUUUGCUAAACCAUGAAAGCAAAUGGUGAUGAUUGUGCAGUUGCUGGCUUUACUGCUUCAUUCAUCUGUAACUAUGAAAACUGUAUUUUGACCAGAGCAGGUCUGCUGUUCUAUACAUCUGUAUGAAUGUGUCAGUGUGUCCUGUGUCACUCUCUCUGGAGAACACACGUUUUAUACAAAGACUUUAUUAGUUCUCGUAUGAGUAUGUAGUAAUUAGACUAUUUUAAAUCAACCUGGUAUAUUGUCACUGCUUUUAUGAUAUAUGGGGCCAUGAAAAUUAGACACAGUUCAACCUAAAGGUCAUUAACAGUGGUUUCUAAGGCAUUGUGAUUUGCAAGUCACAGAAUCAGAAAUCUUAAUCAGACUAUCUGAAUUAGGAAGAGUCACUUGAUCUUGGAGAUUGGUCAAGUUGAGUGCAGUGUCCUGCCUGGAAUUGUGCCUCCGGUUGUGCAUGUACAUGACAGCAGGGGGCGCCAGAACCCAGUCUCUGCAGUCCUCAGGGAAGAGCCUCCUCUGUUGCUAAGCUACUGAUUGCAUCCUCAGCACUGACCGAGGGUGAAUGCAAAUAUUACAUGAAUUGAUCUUGUGUACGUACCUUUUGACUUUAAUAAUAUGUACAUGGACAGGAGAUUUUUUUGGUCUUUUGUUAUUUUUUUUUCUUUUUUUAAUGCUUGUGUUACACUGAAUGAGGUUUGGGUACAAUGUCCCAUACACAGAGCUGUGUAGAAAGAUGAGAAGCGUGUGUCUGCACAGUACCUCCUGGGUACUGGUCGCCAUUCACCCUGACUCUAGCUCACUGGGAGCCUAGCCAUGCCCUGAGCAUGGAUCCACUCUGAGCUCUGAUCUCCCAGUCCUGCUUAACCUGCAGAGAGAAAGGGAGGCUGCUUACCAGCCGGGGAGCUUCAUUCUCUGCAGUGAUCACGGGUGCAGUAGUGUUUCAAAUUAUCACACAGCAACACCCCCCACACCCGGCUACAGAUGGAGCAAGGCUACAUCCCAGCCAGUCCACACUUUGCCCCCCGUCAGCCCAAGCCAGGUCAUGCAUGCAGGCCCUUAGCUGGGCAAAGAAGUACAUGAUUCUGUAGUUGUGAUACAACACACCCGGCGUUGUACGUGUUCUGCACAUGCCCACUGUGUGGCCACGCCAAGUAUUGUGGUUAGC